CGGAAAAUAAUCAAAUCACCCGAACUUCAGCGAAAAAGUCCAGUUCGUGUUUGCUCAUCCCUAGUUAUUAGUUGUAAAGUCUUGGGAAAACCCCUUUAAAUAUCGCAGUACCACAAGUCCCAGCCUGCACAUCUGAACAGUCUACUGGCAGGUAAGUCUCUUCUAUUAAACAGACGAUAGGUAAAUAGUGUGGCACUACAAGUCCCAGCAUGUACAUCUGAACAGUCUACUGGCAGGUAAGUCUCUUCUAUUAAACAGACGAUAAGUAAAUAGUGUGGCACUACAGGUCCCAGCAUGCACAUCUGAACAGUCUACUGCAGGUAAGUCUCUUCUAUUAAACAGACGAUAAGUAAAUAGUGUGGCACUACAAGUCCCAGCAUGAAGCUUCUAAAGCAGCUCCUGAAGGCUGGGAUUGGGCUGUCACUGCAGAGAAUACUAUGGGGGAGGCCGAAUACUAGCCCGCCUCACGGGGGCGCCUCUGAGGCCGCUCGCCUCCCGUCACGUAGAUGCGCCCGGAGAUAAGAAGUGCCCGCUAACGCCAGACAUGGUGGUAAUGGGAAACAAUAGCAGUAAUUACGGUAAUGAAGGGGCGGCCAGGCUGGGAGGCUCGCGCCUGCAGGGACUGACAGAAGUUGCACCUUGUGGUCCCUGGACAGGGCGUGGCUGCUGUCAGCCGUGAUUGAGCCCCAGACUGUGCACUUAACUUUCCAGCAGCGUGUGAUCAGUGCAGGAGCCUCCCCUCACUCCUCCCUGCAACUUACCCUCCUCAUCCUCCCUCCUCUCCUCUGCCAUCGGGGGAUAAAGCAGACGAGGAAGCGGAGAGAGGGAGACUGGGAGCCGAGACCUCUUCCUAAAGUAGUCCUGAUGGCAGCCGCUCAGAUCUGACCGCCGGGAGUUUAUUCUUCUCUUCUUCCCUUCCACCCCAUCCCUGCCUGGGAUUCUGGAUAGCAGAUCUGCCUGUUAGAUUGUGAAGAUGGCUGCUUCCUGGUUUCUAGUCCUUGUCCUGACACUUUUCCAAUCCUUGCUGAUCUGUCCUUCCUCUGAAGAAUACUUUCCAUCUGCUGCCACCAUUAAGCAAUGGGUUGAUAAGAUGCAGAAUGAUCUUGUAACCUUGGCAAGAACAGCAAGUGGCGUGGAUCAGCUAGCAGAAAUUUACUUGAAAAACAAAAAUUUGUAUACGGUGGAGGCCAAUAAUGCACGGCAGCUGGUGGAAAGUGCUGCAACCAAUAUAGAAAAACUUCUAAGGAAUCGAUCCAAAGCACUUGAGCAUCUUGCAGAAAAAGCAGAAGAGAUACAAGGAUCACAUCAAUAUAGGGACGUUUUUGCGGCUAAUGAUGUUGUUUACUACAACGCAAAGGAGGAUCAGAUGGAAUCAGAUAAUGACAGUGAAGCAAUAAGUCAUCGUAUCAAGCCUGCAUUUCAAGAGGAUCCUGUCUUUCGUCGGCAAACAUCGUACCAGCACUCUGCUGUUCAUAUUCCCACAGAUAUUUACGAGGGCUCUGCAAUCGUGUUAAAUGAGCUAAACUGGACGGCUGCAUUGGAUGAAGUGUUUAAGGAAAACUAUAAUGAAGAUAAAACCCUUCUGUGGCAAGUGUUUGGAAGUGCAACUGGACUGGCCAGGUAUUACCCAGCAUCUCCAUGGGUGGAUAAGAGCAGAACUCCAAAUAAAAUUGAUCUUUAUGAUGUGCGGAGAAGACCAUGGUACAUACAGGGAGCUGCUUCUCCAAAGGACAUGCUUAUUCUGGUGGAUGUGAGCGGGAGUGUCAGUGGACUGACGCUGAAGUUGAUAAGAACCUCUGUGUCUGAGAUGUUGGAAACUCUUUCUGAUGAUGAUUUUGUGAAUGUUGCUGCUUUUAACAGCAAUGCUCAUGAUGUCAGCUGCUUCCACCAUCUUGUUCAAGCAAAUGUGAGAAAUAAAAAGGUUCUUAAAGACGCAGUCUAUAACAUCACUGCCAAAGGAACGACAGACUACAAGCAAGGCUUCAAAUUUGCUUUUGAUCAGCUUCGUAAUACAAAUGUAUCCAGAGCGAACUGUAAUAAGAUCAUCAUGCUGUUCACCGAUGGAGGAGAGGAUAAGGCGACAGAAACAUUUAAGCUAUACAACAAGAAUAAAACAGUUCGUGUAUUCACCUUUUCUGUCGGCCAGCAUAAUUAUGAUAAGGGACCCAUACAGUGGAUGGCUUGUGAAAACAAAGGUUACUACUAUGAAAUCCCAUCCAUUGGAGCAAUUCGUAUUAACACACAGGAAUAUUUAGAUGUCCUUGGAAGACCAAUGGUUUUGGCUAGAGAAAGGGCAAAACAAGUGCAGUGGACGAAUGUUUAUUUGGAUGCUUUGGAAUUAGGUCUUGUUAUCACCGGAACGUUGCCUGUUUUCAAUGUGACAGGGGACAGAAAAGAAAUUAAAAACCAGUUAAUACUUGGUGUUAUGGGCGUUGACGUUUCUUUGAAAGACAUUAAACGACUUACUCCUAGAUUUACACUCUGUCCUAAUGGAUACUAUUUUGCUCUUGACCCUAAUGGUUAUGUCCUGCUCCAUCCAAAUCUUCAACCAAAGCCUAUAGGCUUAGGUAUUCCUAUGGUAAAUUUGAGGAAAAGAAGGCCUGGUUACCAGAAUCAAAAAUCCCAGGACCCAGUAACACUAGACUUUUUGGAUGCAGAACUUGAAAAUGAACAUAAAGUGGAGAUACGUAAUAAAAUGAUAGAUGGAGAAAUUGGGGAACGGACCUUUCAUACUUUAGUCAAAUCUCAAGAUGAGAGGUAUAUUGACAAAGCGAACAGGACAUACACUUGGGGACCAGUGAACGGAACAGACUAUAGUCUUGCCCUAGUGCUGCCUUCCUACAGCUUUUAUUACAUUAAAGCAAAACUUGAAGAAACAAUAACUCAAGCAAAAUCCAAAAGGGGCAAAUUGAAGGGACCAAGACAGUUAAACAAUACUUCUAAAGACUCUGAAACUCUGAAGCCUGAGUAUUUUGAAGAUGUUGGUGCAACUUACUUAGCUCCAAGGGAAUUCUGCACUGACCUUCAGAUGUCCAAUAAUAAUACAGAAUUCCUACUAAAUUUUAAUCAGUACAUAGACACCAAAACACCAAGUAGCCCAUCAUGCAAUAAGGACCUGAUUAACAGAGCUUUGCUGGAUGCAGGAUUUACAUACGAACUGGUACAGGCUCACUGGAAAGGACCGCUACCGAAAGGAAUUAUAGCUAGAUUUGUAGCCACUGAUGGUGGAAUUACAAGAGUUUAUCCGAUGAGUGCUGGGGAGUACUGGUACGAAGAUCCAGAAACAUACGAAGAUAGCUACUACAAACGCAGCUUGGACAAUGACAAUUAUGUGUUUACUGCCCCUUACUUCAACAGAACUGGGCUUGCCACUUUUGAAAAUGGAAUAAUGGUGAGCAAGGCAGUUGAAAUAACCAUUGAUGGUAAACUUCUUAAGCCUGCUGUUGUUGGAGUAAAAAUAGAUUUUCAAAGUUGGAUGCUGAAUUUUACAAGUGCUACCACCAAAGACCCGUGCAAGAUGGAUGAAGUCUGUAACUGUAAACAGGACAGCUCGCAAUUGGACUGCAUAAUUCUUGACGAUGGUGGCUUCCUAAUAAUGUCAAAUCAAAACAAUUACAACACUCAGGUUGGCAGAUUUUUUGGAGAGAUUGACCCAAGUUUGAUGAGAAAGCUUGUCAACAUUUCUGUAUAUGCAUUUAAUAAGUCUUAUGACUACCAGUCUGUAUGUGAUAAAGGUGAAGAGCCAGCAAAAACAGCUGCCCCUCGCUCUGUGUUUGUGCCCACCAUAGCAGAUCUUCUAAAUCUUGGAUGGUGGGCUUCUGCUGCUGCUUGGUCUUUAUUGCAACAGCUGUUCUUGAGCCUUACUUUCCCACGGUAUAAUGAAGCAGCUGAAAUUGAUGAUGAUGACUUUUCCGCAAUUUUGGCAAAACAGAGCUGCAUAACUGAACAAACCCAAUAUUUCUUUGAAAAUGAUAACAAAUCUCUUAGUGGAUAUUUAGAAUGUGACAACUGCACAAGAAUUUAUCACGUUGAAAAGAUUAUGAACACUAAUUUAUUAUUUAUAAUUGUUGACAACCAACAUACAUGUGAAAUCUGUGACCAGCAGCCUCUGAUACAGGCAGAACAACGCUCUAAUGGACCAGAUCCAUGCCUGCUGGCCCAGAAUCCAAGGUAUAGAAAAGGUCCUGAUGUUUGUUUUGAUCAAGACGACUUGGAUGAGCCUUUAUGCACAGUGAAUGCUGCAUCUUCAAUGACGACUACAACUAUCUUCAUUUUACUGAGGAUGACAGUGAUUGUGGUGGUGUUUCUGGUUUGAAUCCUUCACUCUGGUCUAUGAUAGGCAUUCAGUUUUUCCUGCUCUGGCUUUUAUCUGGUAGCAAUCAUUGUCAGUUAUGACCCUGAAAACCAAAAUCUACAUUUCUUAACUCAACAUCCUGCCAAAAGAUUAACCCUGGAUUUACCUUAAAGUCACUUAACUGAGACAAUUGAAGAAUGGCUGUUUCUACGCUGUGACUUAUUCAUCUGUGAAAGAUUCACAGAGACACCUACAAAGUCUGCAUGUCGGAGUGUCAAAUCCUCAGUGGCAACAUGUGUGAAUGCUGCAUAAUCUAUGCCAUCAGAACGGAAAGCUACAGUAAAUGUGCUUUAUUGAACAAAAUAUGAUGAUCUUUUUGUUGCAUCGUCAAUGACUUUAUGUAAAAGGGCUCCCUUUAAUAUUGCUUCUGUACAACAUGAUUUGUAAAAAUUUAUUUGACCUUCAGUUUGUUGCACCCUAGCCCUAUAUGUGUCUACUUGUGUACAUCAGAUCUAUUUUAUUAUUGUGCACUGUGUUUAGAAGAGCACUACUGCUUUUAAUAUAUAAAUGUAUGUGGGAAAAAAACUGAAAUGCUCCUGUUUUAGUCAAGUGCAAAUACUGUAUAUUGGUUAGUCUUCUUAAAAAACAGAAAAAACAAAAAAACAAACUGAAAAUGCCUUAUAUUGUAUAUUGAAUGGCUUGAUUUGCCAAAUAGAAGUACGAACACAAAGACAUAUAUACUCAAAUGGUUCUUUGAGCAUCAGAUAUCAAAAGGUGAUUAAGUGUAUACUGUACAAUAUUUGGUGGGUGUUUGAGAGCUUGAUCUUUGUGAAUCUCUUUGGGUGCCGUGUAAAUCUUUUCAACUCUAGUUUUGUACAUGUGGUUCUGUAUAUCAAAGCUAACCAAUCUUUUUCAAGCCUGAGAGAUAUUGAGUUGGAAGCAUUUUGGUUAGGAAACUUACCAACGGUAUUUAGCAUGCUCAUGCUGCUGCUGUUUUAUUUUUGGUCAGGAUUCAAUUUGUAGUCUUUUCUGAGUGAAUAUUUCUUGUGUGAAAAAUACCUGAGCACUGCAAUAUGAUGCUAAUUAAUUACCUUUACAAUGAUUUUCCAAGUGUAAUCUGCAAUUCAAUACAGAUAGUGUAAAUGAAUGUACUCUAAGGGUAUCAUUAUACCAUAAACAUUUAUUUAUUCUAUUACUUGCCUUUUAUAGUCAACUACAUACAUUCAGAAUGAUGUUUAACAUCCAAAAAUUGAUGGUGAAUGCAUGAUGUAGCACGUAGGUGGUUAAUAACCACCAUUUCAAAACUUUAUUCUCAGUUUAUUUGCUUUUUCCACUUAUCCUAAGUUGAAAAUCAAACAAAUGCCUAAACAUGGUUAAUUAUAAUGUAUUUUUUUUAUUAAUCAAUGAAAAAAGAUUGCAUAUAAUAUAUUAUAAUAAACUGAUGAUAUAAAUAAA